AUGUCGUUUACUUUAUCCGAUACUCAAACUCAACGAGAGAAGCGUGAAAACUGCUGGAGACUUCGUGACGCAUAUUUCACAUGUCUUGACUUUGUAGAAGCUUCCAUUGCAAAUAAUAGAGGUGAUGAUAAUAGUAGUAUUACAAAUAAUAGAGGCAGUGAAAAUGUAAAAAAUAGCAACGGCAAUAAGAAGAUUAAUAUCAUUGAUUCUCGUGAAUGUACUCAAAAGAAAAAAGAGUAUGAAGAAGCGUGUCCUAGUAGUUGGAUUAUAUAUUUUCAUAAACGACGUGAACUGGAAAAGCGACAGCGUAUUCGUGCCAUCGUUGCAAAAGAAUUAGGAGAUGAAAUAGGCGUAGGCGCAGCCAAAAGUGCUGGAUCACAGAACGUUAACAAUUAA